AUGUCCUCCUGUUCGGAGGGCAACAAAUUCGACGGACGGAUCGGUCUCCGCAUCUCCUCUAUCUUCGUCAUAUUGGUGGGCUCAGCCUUGGGGGCUAUUGUGCCUGUCUACGCAGCGAGAAGCCGAGGCACCUCCAAAGAUCUCAAGGUUCCCGAGCAAGUCUUCUUCGUUGCACGAUACUUUGGCUCGGGCGUGAUCCUUGCCACUGCUCUUAUACAUCUACUUGUGCCAGCAUUUGAAGCCCUCACAGAUGAUUGUCUCACCGGACCAAUCACCGAAUACCCAUGGGCGGCAGGUAUCGUCCUGAUGUCCUGGUUCGUCAUCUUCAUCGUCCACGUCCUCACGUCAAGAUAUGAGAAGUCCGAUCAGGACCACGCCAAGCCCGAGCCGUCCGAAACUGCUGCGAUACGAACGCCUGCCGACUGCAAGUAUCGAGACGAUCCAAGUUCUGCAGAGCUGUCAGACGAAUCUCAACGGCAGUCGACUCCGCUUCAGGAGACAUUCGCCUCAGAGGAACCGAGAGUAGAGGACAGAUGCAUAUCGGAGGACAGAGCCGACUCUAAUCACUCAAGAGAGAAUGCAUUCAACCCUGACUCUUACGCAGCGCAGUUGACUGGCUUGUUCAUCCUUGAAUUUGGCGUCAUUUUCCACUCCGUCUUUAUCGGCUUGACGCUAUCGGUAGCUGGGGGAGAGUUCGCCACCCUCUAUGUGGUGCUCACGCUACAUCAGACAUUCGAAGGGAUUGCGCUUGGGGCGCGGCUCGGUAGCAUAGACUGGCCGACGUCGAAGAGAUGGACGCCUUACCUAAUGGCCAUCGGGUAUGCGUUAUCGACACCGAUAGCGAUAGCGAUUGGGUUGGGGGUGAGGACGACGUUCAAUCCAGAGAGCCAGACAACCCUCAUCGUCAACGGCGUCUUCGACUCGAUAUCGGCAGGGAUCUUGAUCUACACGUCGCUGGUUGAGCUGGUGGCACACGAUUUCUUGUUUAGUCCCAAGAUGCGGGCGGCACCUCUCAAGGUCGUCUAUGCUAGUAUCGGAUUUAUGAUGCUUGGAGCAGGGUUGAUGGCGUUACUUGGGAAAUGGGCAUAA